UGCUCAUUUUCUUUGAAAAAUUUGGUUGUAUAAGAUUUAUCCUCAGUUUCUCUUGUGUUUAUUUAUAUAAAAGUCACUUAUUAUUAAAAUACAUCAUCGUAAUGGGCACCUAGGUUGAUGGUGCGUAUUCAUUAAUUCCGGCCUGGUGUGUGUGAAAAGGCUCUUGGUAUUGAUGGACAAAAGAUAGGAAAACAAGAAAUUUGUGUGAGAAAUCGGACGACACAGACUGUGAUUAUGAUUGAUGGAGGCCAAAAUGUGAACGUGUCAAAAGAGUAUUAGUUUUUUUAUACAGAUUACGUUCAAUGGGUGGGGAAACCCACCAGAAUUUUCGAAAAUUUUCAAUAUAUGGGCUUGAAACGUGCCUUCAUCCCGAGUUCGAACAGAACGGGCCUCUCUGAACCGAAUGAACUGGGGUUCGGUUUAGUGUACAUUGGUGUGUGUCCAAGAACACAGAAUUAUUCUUGCCAGAUCCGGUUAGUAGAGUUGCAUCUAUAAUGGGUGUGAGAUAAUCCGUACAAAGUUCCACUGUACGCAAAACUUUGCUUAAUCAUCAAUGCUGAAAUACCUGAAACUGACAAGGAAAGGCAACCCCCUCUUACUUCAGUAGACAACAAAGUCAGUAACUCAACUGGCUUGAUCAUCAGCCUCAGGGAUUAGAUUGUUUGUUUGUUUUUUUUAGAAUGAUCUGAUCAGUGUAGUUUCUUGUUCCCUAAUGACUACGCCUCACAAGGACUACGAAAAACAAGACGACACAACUCGGAGGAAGUCAGGCAGUGGUCGCGGCAUGCAUAGCUCACAGAGACAAAGCUCCUCCAGCAACCCCGCAGUGAUGAUGGUGGGCCCUAACUAUCGAGUGGGCAAAAAGAUUGGUUGUGGCAACUUCGGGGAGUUGAGAGUUGGUAAAAAUCUCUACAACAGCGAACAUGUCGCUAUCAAAUUGGAACCUAUGAAAUCUCGAGCUCCACAGUUACACUUGGAAUAUCGGUUUUAUAAACAGUUAGGACAGUCAGAGGGUGUUCCAAACGUGUAUUAUUUUGGUCCCGUGGGCAAAUACAAUGCCUUGGUGCUGGAGCUAUUGGGUCCUAGCCUGGAGGAUUUGUUUGAUCUCUGUGAUAGAAAGUUCACACUUAAAACUGUGCUCAUGAUUGCCAUACAAUUGAUAACUCGUAUGGAGUAUGUUCACUCAAAGCACUUGAUUUAUCGAGAUGUGAAGCCAGAAAAUUUCUUGAUAGGCAGACAGUCCUCGAAAAAGCAGCAUAUCAUCCACAUCAUAGACUUUGGGCUAGCGAAAGAGUACAUCGAUCCGGAGACCCACAAGCAUAUUCCUUACAGGGAGCACAAAAGUCUCACAGGCACAGCGCGGUAUAUGAGCAUAAACACACACUUGGGCAAAGAACAAAGUCGACGAGAUGACUUGGAGGCCCUGGGUCACAUGUUCAUGUACUUCUUGAGGGGAAGUCUUCCAUGGCAGGGCCUGAAGGCUGACACACUCAAGGAACGCUAUCAAAAGAUUGGUGACACAAAGCGAGCAACUCCUGUGGAUGUGUUGUGUGAAAAUUUCCCAGAGGGCUUUGCCACAUACUUACGUUACGUUCGAAAGCUGGACUUUUUUGAAACUCCUGACUACGACUAUCUUCGAAGACUUUUUACAGAUCUCAUGGAAAAAAUGACAUAUGAAUGUGACUGGCAGUUUGAUUGGGUUGGCAGACAGAUGUCAACUCCAAGUGUUCCAGACCACAGUGUUUCUCCACCACGGGAUGGGAAUCAAGGUCGGGAGAGGCACCCUGCUGCAAAGGCAAGUUCAAAUCAAAGGGGCCACCAUGCAUGGGGCGAACAGCCAAGACACUAUUUGGGAGACAACGUGGCCUUGACUAGGCAUGGGGGUUCAGUUCAGGUUCAGAGGAACACCCGUGGGAAUGUGAUCAGUUCUGUAAAUGGUGAGCUUGCUCCGGAAGACCCAGGUGGACAGUCAAACACGCCUAUCACAGCUCAGCCAGAAGUGGAGAUCAAUGAUGAAACUAAGUGCUGUUUCUUCCGCCGACGCAAGAAGAAGAAGGGGCGCCGCAGUUAAAACAUGAUGCUGUGGAUGUUUUCGAUGGAAGAAUACGCGAGCACGGGGCAAGUCAAAGAGGCAGAAAUGACGGAACGCUUCGGGCCAGAAGAGGGAUGCCAAACCAUUACACCCCCCCGAGUUGUCAUGUGAUAGCAUUUCUGUUGAUGUUUCUCCCAUUCACCACCACCAACAACAACAACAACAACAUUCAUCGGACUACGGUGGCAGCACAAGGCCUCACCUGCCCAUUUUGGCUCCUGCUGCUAGAGAUCAUGUUCUACAAGGACAUAUCAAUCAAACUUUCUUGUGAGGUUUUAAAAAAAAAAUUCCAUUCGGUUUAGAAACUUUCAGGAAUGUGAAAAAUGUGCUUUCUCUCUCGGACUAAAAGUCUCAUGACGGUGCAGUUGCCUUUUAGGAUAAUGUUGUUGACAUCUGGAAAAGAAGAGGUCUACUUAGUCUGACUGAGAGAGAACUGUUUCCUCUUUUCUGUAUUAUUUCCAAGAAUGGCAAACUGUAUGCUUUCGUUAUCUCGCAGGACUUUGGUGUAUUCUGUCCUGCGGGUUUUUGUACUUACAGUUGCUACAGUGUGCAAAGAGAAGGUAUGGAUAACUUAACAAGAAAGCUAUCUUAGGGCAAGUCAUCUAUCAGGGAAAUAGUCCUUUGGUAAUGUCUGCUCACAUGGUGUUAACGUUAUGAAGAUUUUCUAUGCUGAAAAGAUUUCUCUUUGUUUGCAUUCUCGUAACAUUUCAAAGAAGCAUGACUGUUUCAUCCCUCUUUGCAAAAUUCUUGCUGUCAUACAGGUUUUUUUUUUCCUCUUUGUAUUGCUUGAAUUAAAAUUAUUGGUGUGUACUGCAUUUAGAGCAAUUUCUGACAAAUAGCUGACAGCCUGUCCCCUAAAUAAUCAAGAAGGUCAAUCUACCUUUAGUUAGGCUUCAAUUAUCCCUCCUGUUCUGGCCUAGUAAACAGAUUGUUUACAUUCUGCAUGUUUUUGUACACAUGGUUGCAAUGAUUAUUUAUCUUUCCUUGUUGUUUCCACAUUGGCUUCUUCUACUCUCUGUAAAUACGAAAACAAAGCACUAGGGUGUAGCUUAGGUAAAUUACUUGUGUAAUGUUUUGGUUUUUUUUUCCCCAGAUUGUUUCGUUCAUAUUUUGUGCAUUUUAGAGACCUGCUCUGGCUUCGCAUUCUCUGUACUGACUUCGGGAAAUGGGGCGAUAUCUACUUUUGUCAAGUGUCUUUGCAUGAAUGAUGCUUCCUUUUUUCAUGCAACAUUGUGUGUUGGAUGUUACACAUGGGAAUGUCAGAUUUUAAUUUUUAGAGUUGUUCAUAUGUACAUGUUGUGACUUUGAAGUGUGUGCAAGCAAGUGAAAAUGGUAUUUGGCAAUAUGUAACAAACAGACAGUGGAUUUAACUGUUGUUUUGUUGGUCUUUUGUCAUCACAGGCUAAUUAACAUGAGAAAGCUUGAAUUAUUUGACCCCCUUCAGAUGUGGAUUUUUCUGUACAAAUGGAGUAAUGUUCAUGUCCCUUUGCCUAUUUGAUAAAUUGACUUGUACAUACAUGAAUGGCAUUGUCUUGAGCUAUUAUGUGAUUUAGUUACUAUGAUAUACAGGGUGCAAUUCAUCACCUCAGCGAGUAUGGCUCUAUCAUCUUGGCGUAAAUAUUCUGCACAGAUUCAAAGUAUCUGGAACACGUUUUGUCGAGAGUGAUGCUUAGUGGAGACAGCGAUUCCAUUGAAAUGUGAAUGGGACAGAAUAUUGAUAUUGUCUGUUUCAGCAGCUUUGACACGCACAUUUGUUACCAGUGUAUCUGAGAAUGUUUAUGCUUUGCCCUUCCUCCAUCAAAGGCUUUAUUUUUUUGUUCCCUCCCUCUUGAAAUAUUCCUGUUUCAAAAAAAGUAUUAGUUUCUGCUCGAGAGUUGAAUGUCUAGUGAAAAUUAUUUAUACAUUAAAAGUUCCUGUAAUGUGAAGCCUUUGAAAGGAUAUGAGCAAAGUGUUGCGUUUCAUUUAGAAACUGUAGUUGAACUUUGAUCAGAUAUUUUGAUUUUUGUUUACGUCUCAUCUAAGAUCAUCCAGCAAAUUGUGUACAUAACACUGAAAUGUUGAUUGUGGUUGGCACAACAUAUGUGACUUUUAUAGAGGAAAGUUUUAAGCACUUGUUCUGUUUUUUAUGAAAUGGUGAUUGUGACUAGUAGAUACGACACAUGCAGUUUGCAUUUUAUUUCCAUAGAACUUAUUAACAAUAACACCUUUUCUCCUUUUUAAUAUUUGUCAUUACACAAUAUUUUUUUGAUCCAAUGACGAGACUUUUUACUCCCAUUUCCUUACAUUAAGAAAGAGAAUUUCAUCUAACCAAUCACUAGAUGUGCACAAUUAUUCCAUUUUAUUUCAAAGACACAUCAAACUACUACUGUAGUUCUAUGGAAAGAGGAGGGGGGAUGGGGGGAUGAUUGAGAUGUGUUUUCAUAUAUUCUUGUUAUUCCAGGUUCGUUUGCAUGCAUGUGUCAUUCCUUAUCGAUGAUUGUGCCCCAUAUGUGAUGAUUUGCACACUAGUUGAUGAAUGCUCCCCUAACUUCCACAUGCAUUAUUUUGAACUUCUUGUUUCAAGCUCAAGACAUUGGCUUUUCACUGUACCUGUAACCACUCAUAUGUGUCGCUCAUGAAAGGGGUCAUGUAGCAUGUAGCCACAUUUUUGUUUGUCUUUGUGUUUAUUUUUGUUUAUUUUUAUUUGUUUUUUAUUUGUUUUUUUUGUUUUUAGUUCUGACGAUUUUUUCCCCCUCACCUUCAAGCAUUUUUUGACCAUCUUGAUGAUGCUGUUGUUUGUUUUUAUUUGAUGUUGCUAUCAGAAGGAGGGGUUUGUUAAUAACGUAAGUCUUGUGUCUCUGUAGCUUUCGUUUUCCCCUCCUCUACCCCCCCUCCUCUGCCUCGGGUACUACUGCUACCCUUCUUUUUUUGUCAUAUGGGGUGAUUUGUAAGAGUGUAUGCCAGUUGUAUGAAUUCACAUGUCAUUGAAAGGCAGUGACAUCUGUAAAUGACCAAAUUAAAACAAAAACUGUUGCUUCUUUA